AUGUCAGCCAGAGAAAUUGGAAGACGCUUUCGAAGAGCUGCGCUCCAGGAACAACACCGGGCGCAUAUCGCGAAAGCCUGCUUCCCAGUCGAAGCCGUUUUCCAACAUCCCGACUUGCUGAACGGCCUUCCGUUCCGGCGUCUCGGUGGCCCGCCGCCGCCUCGGCCGGUUGGCGCCUCCGCGCCUGCCGCGCGUGGAUGCGCUCGGCAGUUUGGGAAAGAUUCGCAAAGCGCCGAAAGCGGGAAAGGCUCUGCCGAUGCUGGAGUGAAGUCGGCAGAGCGGAUACUAGGAGGCGAGGCCUGUCAGGGCGCGAAAGGCCUGCUUGUCAGCGGGUUGUGUUUGGGGACCAGCAUGAUGGGAUCCCCGGCGAUGAUCGACGACGCCGACGCCAUAGAACUGCUUCAUUGUGCGUACGGCGAGUACGGCAUCAAUUUCUUUGAUGUCGGCGAACUCGAUCCGAUUCCUUUCUCCCCGGCGACGCACGGCCGAGGCCACGUCGAAGUUCUUCGGCCCUUUCUGCGUGAGCACCAGGCGCGGGCUGCUAGCCAAACUGCGUGCGCCACGGGGGCGUCUUCGGUCGAGUCGGAGAUGCGUCAGAUCCGGAUUUCCGCGAGGAUUCUAAGCGGCAGUUUAUCCGGUUUCCGUGAGGAACGGGGCGCGCUGAAACGCGCGAUGCGCGAGGCCGAAGAGCGCAGAGAGACCACAGGCGUCAGAUGGGCUUGGGGCGAGCACGACCCUGACGAGAUCGGCGGCGCGGGCGAAAGGCGCUCGCAAGAGGCGGACGAAAUCUGGGGCAGAGAACGCGGCUGGUGGACCCGCAAAGAUCGCCAGGAGCGACGCAUGCAGAGAGACCACGUGGAAGAGGCAGUCGACAACUUGCUUCUGCGUCUGGGCGUGGACGCGAUUGACCUUCUCCAGUUCGACGCCCCGCACCGAUACGUGCCGCGCCACGAGUUGGGCGAGGACACCUACUGCUGGGGGUUGGAGCGCGAGGAUGAUGUGGCCAUCGAGGAGCAACUCACCAUCUUGCAGCAUCUCGUCGACAAAGGGAAAGUUCGCUAUCUUGGCUUAAGUAACGAGACGCCGUGGGGCGUCUUCAAAUGGUGUUCCGCAGCAGACCAAAUGGGGCUCUCGCGCGUUGCCAGUGUGCAGACACUCUACAACAUCAUGCACCGCAACGAAUUCGAAUCUUCCGGCUUCCCGGAGAUGCUGUGGAACAUGAACGUUCCGCUCCUGGCGUACGGCGUUCUCGCUGGAGGCAUCUUGACGAGCAAAUACCUCGACCCCGAACGGUUCAAUCCGCGGGGGCCUGACGAGCGUCUCGGGCAAGACGAAUGGGACAACGCAGUUGCGACCUACCGAACGCAGUUGCCUGAAGACUCGGGCUACCUGUCGUACGGGCCUGCAAACGGACGCUGCAACAAGUGGAAAGAAACCUAUUUGACGCACCGAUCUGUCUGGGGCCAGUGGCUGACCGGCGAACUCGUCAAGGCGGCUCGACAGUUCGGCCUCACGGCCACGCAACUCGCGCUCAGCUGGGUGUACACCCGGCCUUUCCUCGGAAGUGCGAUCAUUGGACCUCGAACGAUCGGCCAACUCCGAGACGCCGUUCGCGCCUUGAACUAUCCCCUGCCACCGGCGCUGGAGAACGAUCUCCACGAGCUCUUCCUCAGGUUUCGCGCGCCGACGAUGGGCGGCCCGCAAGUGGGGACGGUCUUGGAAGAUCUCGACCACGGCCAGCUCAUCUCGCAGUCCGAAUUCAUGAAAUGGGGGCGGCAGCCCAUCUGGAGCGGGGGCAGAUACUGGCCGAAUUGGCCGCAGCCUCUCGUGGCCGAGAAGGUAGACUAUCUGCGCAAACGCGAAGAGCUGAUCGAAGUUCGCGCUGCGGCGGCCGACACGGAUGACCCUUCCGAUGAUGGCGCCUUCAACGUGCGAAUGUGGAAAGAAAUGCUGGAAGAUCGGAGGCCAGGGGAGUAUUUUGCGGUGAAGGAGCAGAAGUUGUUUGGCUGGGACGAGAAGAAGUUCGCUGACAUGGACUGGAAAAACUUGACGAGGCAUGAGCGAGAGAGCCAAGACCACUCCGACUUCCAUUUUGUGUGGCGAGGCGACAAGACUCCGGGAUUGUGGUGCAGCAUGUGGAAUGAGUGGGACUACGAUCUGAUCGACAAGCGGCUGAGAGAGCGACACGGCAUCGACAUCCUCGAUAAAAAGGUUUGGAAGCUCGUGGGGGAUAUUCCAGAUAAGGAGCGGAGAAGACGGCUCGAAUUCACAGAGCCGUUUUGGUACUGGGAAGACGGCGGGCAGCCCGACAUGCCGUGGGAACAUGCGACAGGCGAAGAUGUGACGGAUGGAGGGACACAGCCGUAG